GAGACCCGGACAAAACUAUGGCGGAGAAGACACGAGAGAGUGUGAAGAUCGCUCCUGGAGCAGUUGUGUGUGUAGAAAGUGAAAUCAGGGGUGACGUAACUAUAGGUCCUAGGACAGUGAUCCACCCUAAAGCGCGAACCAUUGCGGAGGCCGGACCAAUCGUGAUUGGUGGAGGUAACCUAAUAGAGGAACAGGCGCUGAUCAUAAAUGCUCACCCUGACAAUAUCACCCCUGACACCGAAGAUCCAGACCCCAAACCUAUGAUUAUUGGCACCAAUAAUGUAUUUGAAGUUGGCUGUUAUUCCCAAGCGAUGAAAAUAGGAGAUAAUAAUGUUAUUGAAUCAAAAGCGUAUGUAGGCAGAAACGUAAUACUGACAAGCGGUUGCAUCAUUGGGGCAUGUUGCAACCUAAACACAUUUGAAGUCAUCCCUGAGAAUACAGUGGUCUAUGGUGUGGACUGUCUUCGUCGGGUGCAGACUGAGCGACCGCAGCCCCAGACACUACAGCUGGAUUUCCUGAUGAAAAUCUUGUCAAACUACCACCAUUUAAAAAAGACUAUGAAAGGAAGCUCAACUCCAGUUAAGAACUAAGAACAAGCUAUGACAUCGAGAUAACAUGUUGCCCAUGACCACUGUCUUUUGAAAGGACCACCAAGUUUAUGCCCUCUUUGCAGGUCAUAGCAUAAUACAAGUUGACUUUAUUUUGUAAAACUGAAAUAGAAAGGAAAGUGAUGGAUUUUCAUCGUUAACUGUCCUCUAUAAUUUAUAUAAAAUGUAUUAUUUUCCCAUAUCCUUGUUUCUUUUCUGAUAAUUUACAGAUUUAGUUUUCUUUUGUUACGUAAAAUGUUGGCUACAAAUUUUAGUUACACAAAAGACUACCUGUGAUAAGAAAGGGCAUAUUGUUAUGUAUUAUAUUCUGCCAUAUAAUGAACUAAAUAAAAAUGUUGAU